AUGGCGGAUGCCAAACCGGAGGACCUUAGCCACCCGCCCACCGAUCAGCUGCAGGGCCUCGAGUACUGCGUCGACUCUAACCCACCAUGGGGUACGCCCUCUUCUCUUCCUAUCUUGAUCAUUCCCUUCUCCUCUCUCUCUCUCUCUCUCUCUCUCUCUAAGAGGGUUUUGGCUGGUGGUCUGACUGCGUUCUCUUGGAAACAGGUGAAGCGGUGCUGCUUGGUUUCCAGCACUACAUUCUCUCAUUGGGCACCGCGGUGAUGAUCCCCACCAUGCUCGUUCCCAUGAUGGGUGGAGACGAUGUGAGUGUUCUUCUGCUCUUGCCCUCAAAUGCUAGAGCCGCCUUCCUCACCUGUCUGGGAUUUCUUCAUCAAACUUUCUAUUCCCCCGUUCUUUCAAAGGCAACUCUGCGGAAAAAUCUAAUACUGGAUGAACUGCUAGGGUAGAUACAGGAGGAAAGGCCAAUCUUCUGACGAUUCCACUAUUUCGGUGGAAAAAAACCCAAACUAAUGACUGUCUAGACAUCUGACUUCCUACUGAAUUCAGCUGAAAGAACUGAGUCAACAAGCUACUUGCCCUCAGCUGCGAGGACCAUCUUUGAAGAAGGCCUGUAAAAAUAAUGAGAGUGGCUCACUGAGUUAGGAAGCUGUUACUCUGAAUAGCAAAGUUCACAUUUUUUGGGAAAAUAAAUGCCAGAAACUCCGUUUAAUAUGUGCCCAACGAGUAACCUGAAUUAUUUUAUUGACGAGGAACUGAUGGGUCAAAUGUCGUGCAGAAUGACAAGGUGAGGGUGGUUCAGACCCUGCUCUUCAUGGGGGGUAUCAACACGUUGCUGCAGACGCUGUUCGGGACCCGCCUCCCCACCGUCAUUGGCGGCUCCUAUACUUUCCUCGUCCCGAUCAUGUCCAUCAUCCGAGACGCCUCCUUGGUGCAGAUAACAGACAAUCAUGAGGUCAGGGGGGAGAACUCCGUCGCUUCCGGACGCUUCUCCGAUGAUUUCUCUCCAACCCAAGAUCCAAAAUCUCUGCCUUUGAAAUAAUUUAAUGGUUCCUUCUUCUCACUCAUGCAGAGAUUCCUUCAGAGCAUGAGGGCCAUCCAAGGUGCCCUGAUUGUUGCCUCUGGGGUUCAGAUCAUCAUCGGGUACAGUCAGCUGUGGGCGAUAUUCUCCAGGCAAGAGCUCUCUCUGGCUCUUCAUUGUUCUUCUUCCUCGGUCCUGAUGUCAAGAACUGAUUUAGAUUAUGGGUUCUGUAGUUCUAACCCCAUUUCAUACAUGGACAAUGAACACUGCAGAUAUUUCAGCCCCCUGGCGAUGGCCCCAGUGGUCGCUCUUGUAGGUUUUGGGCUCUUCGACAGAGGCUUCCCAGUGGUAUUGUUUUCUCUCUCAACUGAAAGGAAUCACUACACCAGCGUCAAUUUUUCCCCACCUUUUCUUCUAAACUGAUGAUUUGACUUCUUCUGUCGUACCAGGUGGGCCGAUGCGUCGAGGUCGGCCUCCCCAUGCUGUUCCUAUUUAUCUCUGUAUCUCAGGUGUAGAUCAUCUCCAUCCUCGUUCAUGGCUUUCAAUUUAUGGGAAGUUUCAGUAGAAACUAUGCGAUUGCAGUGUGGCAACUGGUCGAAGAUUCAAUUGGCAGACUCAUCUGAUUCAACAGGUUUUUUUUUUUUGUUUUUUCUUUAUGAACACAGUAUCUCAAACACAUACAGGUAAGGCAUGUGCCAGUGUUGGAGAGGUUCGCUCUGCUGAUAUCGGUCACGAUUGUGUGGGUAUAUGCCCACUUGUUGACGGCCGGUGGUGCCUACAAGAACCGACCCGAACUCACCCAAGUCAACUGCCGCACCGACAGAGCCCACCUCAUCUCCUCUGCUCCCUGGUAUUUUUUUCCUUUUUCUGGAAAAGUCUUCCAGUCUUAAUCCAUUUCUUUGCAGACUUCUCUGCUCCCCGUUUUUUUUCCUUCUUUUUUUCAUUUUUUUGGUGAACAUUUCCUGUCUUGAAAGUUCAUGUCUCAGCAGCACCUGUUUUUCUUUUUUCUUUUGGAGAUAUCUCACUGUCAGUAAUCCAUUUCUUCACCAAGAUCUCUGCCCCUCUAUCUCCCCUUCCCAGCUGUUUUUUCCUAUUUUUGGAAAUAUCUUAUUGUCAAUAAUCCAUUCCUUCGUGAAGAUCCCUUCCCCCACCCCCUCAGUUUUUUUUUUCUAAUUUUGGACAAAUCCUCAUGUCCUAACAAUUCAUUUCUUUGUUUUGAUCUCUGCUCUCUGGUAAUUUUUUUUCUUGUUUUCGCGAAAUCAUCUUUUCUUGAUUAUUCUUUUUUUUUUUUUUUGGGCCAAAAUUCAUCCUGUCUUAACACUCCAUUUCUUCAUCAGUAUGUCUGCCCUAUUCACUUGAAUUUUCUUUUCAUUUUUUUAAAAACUUCCUGGCUUUGGUAAUCAAUUUCUUCCCCAAGUUCUCCGCCCCUGCCUGGUAUUUUUUUCCCUUUCCCGGAAAAAUCUUCUGGUCUUAGCAACCAUUUCUUCGCUAAUGUCUCUGCUCACGGAAUUGUGAAUAUAGGAUAAAAAUUCCGUAUCCCCUUCAAUGGGGUGCACCAACGUUUAACGCCGGGCACGUGUUUGGGAUGAUGGGAGCUGUUCUUGUGUCCUUGAUCGAGGUAAUAUUACACUCACCGGCACCUCCCACCAUCUCCAUCAUCAUCGUCAUCGUCAUCAUCAUCAUCAUCAUUGUCAGCAGUGACAAGCUUACUCAAAGUGGCCGGCCUUAUUCCAGUCUACAGGAGCUUUCAUGGCGGCGGCUCGUCUGGCCAGCGCCACGCCACCUCCUGCUUACGUGCUCAGUCGGGGCAUCGGGUGGCAGGUUGGUCAACGGCCCCCCUCCCCAAGUUCCUUUCUAAUGUCAGCCACGGAUGGCAAAAAUCUCCUAGAUUUUCUGAUACAAACGAGGCGAAUUCCUUCUAAAAAUGGGACUGGUUACAGGGCAUAGGGAUUAUGCUGGAUGGGCUCUUUGGAACAGCGAGUGGCUCCACUGUUUCUGUGUGAGCACAUCUCAUCCUCCUCACCCAGUUUUCUACAGAGCUUUCUCUCUUUCUUUCUUUCUGCUCUCAAAGCUGAUUCCUCCUCGGAUGAUACCAGGGAGAAUGUGGGGCUCCUCGGAUCCACCAGGGUCGGAAGCCGGAGGGUCGUCCAGAUAUCAGCUGGGUUCAUGAUAUUCUUCUCCAUCUUAGGUUCGAAAUCUUGGAAAAAUAUCAUCAUAUUAUGCAAUGUUGUACAAGUUUGAUCUUCUUGUCCUCGCACUGCAGGUAAAUUCGGAGCUCUGUUUGCCUCCAUCCCCUUUUCGAUCUUCGCCGCUGCCUACUGCGUGCUCUUUGGGCUCUCUGGUUUGCUACGCUGCCUCUCCUCCUCAUCGUCAUUAAAGGUCUCUCCCUCCUCUCAUCAUCAUCAUCACCUCUCUCUCUCUCUCUCUCUCUCUCUCUCUCUCUCUCUUUCUCUUUCUUCUGCAGCGGCUGUGGGGCUCUCCUUCUUGCAGUUCACCAACAUGAACUCGGUGAGGAAUCUCUUCAUCGUCGGAGUCUCCCUCUUCCUCGGCCUGUCCAUUCCGCAGUACUUCCACCUCUACACCGGCGGGGGCGCCCUGCGAGGGCCGGCUCACACACGGGCCGGAUGGGUGAGCAGCAAGCUCCGACCCACAGGGGCCGUAGGGGACUUCUUUCUUACUCACUGACGGACUUACUUGAUUGACGUUUUCCAGUUCAACGACUUCAUAAACACGGUGUUCUCAUCGCCGCCGAUGGUGGCGCUGGUUGUGGCCGUCUUCCUCGAUAACACCCUCGAAAGGAAGGGCACCGCCAGGGACAGAGGGAUGCCGUGGUGGGCGCGGUUCAGGAGCUUCAAUGGCGACUGCCGCAGCGGGGAGUUCUACAGCCUCCCCUUCAACCUCGACCGCUUCUUCCCCCCCUCAUGA